GCCAUUGUCACCCAAAUUUUUCGUUACCAGUGGUGUAUUAAAGUCCAGACAGAACAGAAAAUUUUUCUCUGGUCAAUCAUGGCGGAAGAACUUGCUGCGGCGGCGGCAGGGCUGACGCUGGAUCAGGAGGGAGAGAGGGAGAGCGAAGCCGCAUCGACAGGGGAGUUGGAGGAAGGGGAGAUUCUGAAUGAUGAGUCGCAUGAGGGCUCGUCUGCGGCGAAGAUCCAAUUUCAUCCAUUACAGCACUCUUGGACAUUUUGGUUCGACAAUCCCUCAGCUAAAUCCAAGCAGGCUGCAUGGGGCAACUCUAUUCGGCCCAUCCACACAUUCGAUUCUGUCGAAGAUUUCUGGAGCCUCUACAAUAAUAUUAAUCGCCCGAGCAAAUUAGUUGUGGGAGCAGAUUUCUACUGUUUUAAAUACCCAAUUGAGCCUAAAUGGGAGGAUCCAAUCUGUGCAAAUGGAGGGAAAUGGACUAUCACCUGCGCACGAGGAAAAUCAGAUACUGUGUGGCUGUAUACUUUGCUGGCAAUGGUUGGUGAGCAAUUUGACAAUGGUGAUGAAAUUUGUGGAGCAGUUGUCAAUGUGCGUGCAAGGCAGGAAAGAAUUGCUCUUUGGACAAAAAAUGCUUCUAAUGAAGCUGCUCAGAUGAUCAUUGGAAGACAAUGGAAGGAACUCAUGGACUACAAUGAGUCUAUUGGUUUCAUAUCGCAUGAUGAUGCAAAGAGGCUUGACAGAGCUGCCAGGAAUAAGUAUACUGUAUGAACUUUUAUGUUCUCUGACGCUGAACGGUUAUCCAUGGAGGUACGGACUGGCUUGGGAACUCUUACGAGUACUCGUAAGAGGCGUAGUAAUCUAGUAAUCGGUUAGAUUACUGUUUGAUUUUGCUCGAUAAUGCUCCUAUUUAUGUCAUUAUAUUUUUAAUCAAUUGUGGAUGUAUACUUUGUGGUAAAAUCAAUAUCUUUCAUGAAGUAUAAAGAAGAUUCGACUCUCGGUUUGAUAUCUAUCUGACGUGACAACUAUCACAACACUAAUAAUUCAAGGAAUGGAAUGAAAAUUUUGCAA